AUGGAAAAUCUUUUCGAUGAUAUUGCUCCCACUCCCACUACACGUGCUAGACCUGGUGCCAGGUUUGCGCCUAAGGCUAAACCGAAACAACCGCCUCCAAAGAAUGUAUCUGCAUCAAAAGAUGACAACAAUGUGCAUCUUGAUUCAUCUACCACUCACAAACAAUCUGAAGGAGUUUCUCAGAUUGAGUCUCAUAAUGCAGUUGCUGUAAGUUUCUCAAUUGAAGAACCUAUCAAGUCUGAUCAUCAUCCGGAUGUAGAGAAUGAAUUGUAUAAUGUGACUGCCCCGUCUACUAUCCCCUCAACCAUUGUUAGGGUGGAAGAACUGCCUAAAAUCGGUGAAGGUUCAUUUCUCGGUACGGGCAAAAGUUUGCAAGUUCUUGAUAAUUCACUAGAAGUUAGCUUAAACGAGGGCUUCAAAAGUGUUUCAGGCGACAUUAACAUUGCAAUACCUGAGAGUAACAUUCAUUCAAAUUUUGAGUUUGGACAGAUAUUGUCUGCUGAAAUUGAGUUGGAUCCUUUCACCAAUGUCCUCCCGGAUCCUGGCACCGGGAAUGCUCGUAAGUUUCAACCCAAGGUUAAGCCACGACCUAGAGUCAGCAAUACACCAGCUAUUGCUUCUGCUUCAUCUGGUAUUCCAUUCUCUGAAAACAAUAGAAGCGCUGAAGCAGUUAUUCCUUCACAUCCAGUUCAUGAUGGAAUUGGAGAUUCGUCUUCUAGCUUUGUUAAAUCAGCUGCUGAGACUACAGAUAUUCUUUUGGGGCUAAAAUCACUUGAUGGCAUUCUCGACCAAGCUGCAACUGCUACAGGAAAACCAGAUCUUAAACCUUCCAAUGUGAAGGGUGCAGAGGAAAAUUUUGUCCUUCCAGAGUAUGAUAACAAAAGUAGGUCGGAAUCACAGGAAGGCGCAAACUUGAAUCUUGGCUGCCCAAUUGACAAUGUCUAUGAUUAUCAAUCAAUGAAAUUUGACACUAACCCAACAUCUGAAAUUCCAACGCAAGAAGGGCCGACAAAUUCUACAGAUAGUCCCACAUUGGCUGACUUUUUGCAGCUAGUCUGUACUGGAGAGAAAGAAGAUGCUAAUGAGACAAAAAAAUCUCUAAAGAAACAUAAAAGAUCUUCUAUUGCUGUUGUGGAGGAUAAAGGUGGUAAAACCUUAAGGCAACCGAGAAAACAAGCAGUUCGUAAACCUGCUAAAACCUCAUUGAAUGAGGCUAUUGAGAAUAAUGAUGUCCUCGGUCCUCCUUAUGAUUUUGAUGGAGAUGCACAUGAAGAAAAUGAUGAUGAGUAUGGAGUGGAUUAUUCAUCCAAGAAGAAAAAAACAUCAUCAAGUCCUAAGAAGAAAUCCGUGGCUAAAAAUGGAAAAACAUCUGGUAAAAGGAAGAAGGCUAAUGAUGAUAUUGAAAAGGUUACUGAAGCACCUCCUAAAAAGUUCCUGCAUUCAUCUCGGCGAAGAAAAAGAUGUGUGAACAAGGCUCUGCUGGAGGAUGAAUUUCUUGAUCAGAGAACAUUACCUAUUAGGGAUAUUAUUUUACUUGCAGAUUAUAAGGAGCGAUUGGCGAAAAAGGAGGCAGCAACUUCUAAACCAUCUUCCACCAAUCAAAGUGAUGGGGAUUUUCUUCAUGAGGCUGAUGUUAAUAAUUUAGAGGAGUAUUUUGGUUCAGAUGAUGAAUAUAGAGACCCAGAUGAUGAUCUAGCCAGUGAAAAGUUUACAUCAACUGCCCCCUUAUUGAAUUACCAUUCUUUCAUGAACAAGGCACCUAGGGCAAAAUGGUCAAAGCAAGAUACUGAACUGUUUUAUAAGGCUGUUAGUUUUUGCACAGAUUUUGAAAUGAUACAAAAACUUUUUUUCCCUGAUAAAACCCGUCAACAAGUUAAGCUGAAGUACAAGAAGGAAGAAAGGCAACAUCCUUUACGGUUAUCCGAGGCCGUGAAUAAUCAUGCAACAGAUCUUUGUCAUUUUAAAAUGGUGGCUGAAAGUCUGCAACAAAAUUCUAAUAAGGAAGAACAAGAUACUGCUAGUGAUGCCCCGGAUUUCAUGCUAGAGGAGGAGGAGGUUGAGGACCCAACACCUGGAACUAAGGAAGAGGUUGUAACCACUGAUAAAGAUGACAAAGAAGUUAAAGAUCAGGAAGAUCUCAUUGCAGAUCAAAAUCUGGAGCAAUCUGAUGAUAGUGAGGAUGAGUUACUAAAAUGGGCUCAGUAUCAAAGUGCUAUUUAG